AUGACAGUUAUUGGACCUACGUAUGGCCCUCGGCCCCAUUCAUUCACUUUGGAUGAUACUGGGGAGCGCUACUACAUCGGAGCCGAGAUCGGUGCUUAUUUGAAACUCCACAGGGGUACUCUUUAUAAGAAAUAUCCUGUACUAUGGAGGAAAGUAGCUACUCAAGAAGACAAAGAGAAGCUCAGGCAAUUAGCUCUUUCUCAAUCCUUUAUGCAUACUAAUAUCAUGCUUGUGAAAGCUCCUGAAAUUGAUGAAUUGUUGAAUGGUCAGGAAGAGAAGUAUAGAGCUGCCGGAGCAGCUCCUUCGCAGGUCAGAGUUGACCAAACUCCAGCUAAAGGUGGCAAACCACAACAAGGACCUGGUUGGGCAGGACAACAAGUUACAAGCGGUUCUCAUCACUUGGAAUCAGUUCCAUGCUCGUUUCCUCUAGCUCAUUCUAGAGGUCGUGUCAAAGCACGAGAUGUUGCUUAUAGUGCUGAAGACUUGGAGUUGGCUAAGCGUGUUUCCGAGAACGCCGAAGUACCCGAAGAUUUGGUUCCAAUCAGAUUGGAUAUGGAGUUAGAAGGAGUGAAGCUCAGAGAUACUUUUUGCAUAAAUAAAAAUGAGAAAUUGAUAACCCCUGAUUUGGUUGCUGAGAUCAUAUGCGAAGACUUGGAUUUACCUUCUAACAACUUCCAACCUGCUGUUGCUGCUGCCAUCCAUCAACAGUUGGAAGCUGCUACCGAAGCUCCUCCUCUUGAUAAUAACGUGUCUGACCAAAGAGCUAUACUUAAACUUAAUAUUAACGUGGGAAACCAAAGUCUUGUUGAUCAGUUCGAGUGGGAUAUGUCUGAUCCUAACAACAACCCUGAAGACUUUGCUAGAUCUCUAUGUAGUGAACUCGGCUUAGGUGGAGAGUUUGCUUCUGCUAUAGCUUACUCUAUUCGGGGACAGCUACAGUGGAAUCAGAGAACUUAUGCCUUUUCAGAGAGCCCACAACCAACUGUAGAAUGCCCAUUUAGGAAUCCUGCUGAAUCAGAUCAGUGGGGUCCGUUCCUUGAAACACUGACUGAUGCAGAAAUCGAAAAGAAGAUGCGAGAUCAAGAUCGUAAUACUCGCCGCAUGAGACGUCUCGUCGGAGGAGGAUUCAAUUUUUAA